AUGUCCGAAGAUAAGCGCAACGAUAGACCAUACAAGUGCACCAUGUGUGACAAGGCGUUCCAUCGUCUCGAACACCAAACGCGCCACAUCAGAACCCACACGGGCGAAAAGCCCCAUCCCUGUACUUUCCCUGGCUGCACAAAGCGGUUUUCCCGUCUGGACGAGCUUACGCGCCACUUGCGGAUCCACAACAACCCGGCGUCGCGCAAAAGAGCCGCCAAGUUCCGUUCCGACGACCCAGAGGCAUACCCUGUACUCGUGGACGCACACGGCAUGCCUGUUAUUCCGGUUGCCUUUGACGGCAACACGCGGUACUACCCGCUGCAUCCGUACCCAGUUUACGUGGUGAAUGGCGGGCCAAUGGCGCCUGUGGCCGUGCCUGUGAUGGGCGACCGCAGGGUUUUCCCCGUUUCGCUGUCGCCGCCCGGCCCGCCGCAAGGCAUGGGUGCGCGGGAGCCGCCAUUUGCAGAGUUCCGGGGCGAGCCUGUCUUCAUUGCAGGCGAACCCAUGCGCACAGCUUCGGGCGAGCAAGUGUUCCGCCCCGGCGAGCAGGUGUUCCGCCCUGAACUGGUGAUGCGUCCAGGCGACCAAUAUCCACGCGAGCAAAUCCCACGCGAACAAUACCGAGAAGCGUUUGUGCGCAACGAGCCUUCGCGCAUGGCGCUCGCCAAGUCCGCCAGUCUGGCGUCUCUCGCCCUGGGCUCGUCGUCGUCUGGCUCGCUCAGCACGUCGCCCAAACCUCCCAUGGCCAACGAGUAUGUUCUCCGCCGCGCACACGCAUCCCAACUCGUCUUUGCCAAGUCUAAAAGGCAGCGCUUCUGCCGGAAGCUUACCGCAGCUUGGCUCGUUGUCGCUGCUCCAGCGCAUGACGCCGCUCAAGUCGCCUGUGGCUGCGCUUCCAACGCAGCGGUCGCUGACGCUGCUUAA